GCUCCAGGAAGGGCACCAGGUUGUCCUGUCUGACCUCCAUCACAUGCAGGAAAGAGCUCGGGAUGUCUAUUCCCAACUAGAGAGUGACCUAGUCCUUCUCCUGGCUCAGCAGUGCCAGAUGGAAGAGGUGAUGGAGAACCUGCGGCAGGUCAACCAGAGCCUGGGGCUGAUGUUGGUAGCUGUGGAGGGUGCACGGAACCUCCUGGAGAACCGUCUGGAGCAACUUCAUGCUGUCCUUGACCCAGCUGGUGAGCUGGGAAUGGGUUCUGGAGGGCAGGUGGGUGCUGGUGGGUGCCAACAGAAGGCUCUUGCUCCCUGUCCCACAGGUCAGAGUCCGAGUGCCAUCUCCACCUGCAUCCUUCAUGGCUCCUACCUUGUGCUGCUGGUUGCGCUACUGGUGCCUACACCACCCCGUGCCAUCCUCCUCCUCCUCACCUUCAGCGUCCUUGGCGAGUUCCUCAACAUCCCGGCACUCUCCACUCUCCUGGCCCUUGCUGUGGCAGGGCAGUUGCUGGUAGUGGCCACCCGUCAUGGUGCUGGGGGACCUUGGCUGGUUCUUCCCCAGGAGGAACCCCGUCACCAGCUCACCUCCACCCCAGACAGGGAGUCCAAAAUAGAGCUUCUGCAGGAGGAGCUGGAGAGGAUGGAGAUGAGCUGCCUGCAAGAUCCCUUGUGCCUGGAGCAGCCCCCAGUGAUGGCAGGGGACACCCCUCGCUUAGGAGGGGGGAUGUCACCUGUCCCCAGCAGCUGGAGGACAAAGCUGAGCUCAUGUCGGGUGAUGCUGGAGCCAGCCGUGGGCACUGGGAAGCACUGGGAGCCCAAACCUUGCAGCCCAAGUCAGUCUCUGGCCAGUGACGUGUCCUCGAUGUCCCCACGGCUCCCAUGCCAGGGGCUCACCAGGGCCAGGCAGCGGUGCCGGAAGAAAGCCAUCUCUGGGCAGGACUUCUGCCAUGUCCACACCACUGGUCGAGCCUCAUGCAGUGGCUUGCCCAUGGACUCAUCCCCCCAUAUUUAACCUUCUACCUCCUCCCAGAGGGGUUUUUAAACCCUACAUUUGAU